AUGAACGACCCGACCCUCGCCCACGCCGCGCCCGCCCGCCCUCGCGAAGCAUCGUCCUCGUCCGCGUCGGAUAUUCUCGCCCUCGAGUCGUCUUCCGCGCGGGAGCGAGCGUUCGACGCCCGAACCAGAUUUCGUGUAUGGGUUUCGUUGCAGGAAAAUUGUCGAAAAAUAAAAAUCACCCCAAACGGUAAUAAACGUCGUCGUCCCAUUCGCUUCCCCACUCAACGCCAGGACCCGCGUCGAUUCUCAGAUUUCAGGUCCCGAAACCAAACGCAGCUGUCGGGAGCGGAAAGUCUCGAGGGGAAACACGGGCGGAGCUCCAUCGGCGCGCAGAGUGAGCGACGCGGAAGCCCGCAGACAUCGAAGGCCGGAUCUUCCGUCCUCGCGGCGCUGGAUACGCGCACGUCGCAUCGAACGCGUCUCGCGCGCCGAUACCCCCGGUAG